AGCGAGUAAUGCAGCAUUGCAAUCCCUCCCACUGCCAAUUUUCUUUUCUUGGACUCAUCAUCAAGAUUCAAGCGCGUGAUCUGACAUAAUCCGACAGGGCACUUCUGUUACUUGAUGGGGUCGAGUUUCAGGGACUCUGCUAUGAAAAUCCAUCACCAGAGUCUUGGAACCUUCUACAUGUCAUGUGACCUGGUGUAUUAUUAUGCUGGACGUGCCUUGUGGUUCAGCAGGGGCACUAGUAGUUAUUUUAGGCCCCUUGACAGGUCGUACCCAUCCAUCCCCCCACCCUAUAGACUUUAUUCCGAGGAGGUCACAUCGGGCACUCUGUCCGAGUAUCAAAUGUGUGCCAGGAAAACAUUUUCCACACAGACACACUGUCACCAGCUUGUAUUCUUGGCACCAGUCAGGAUGGCUCCAUGGACACACUUUGCUUGCGCCAACUUGAAAUAAAAAGAACCUGAUGUAUCUAAUCAAGCAUUUUACUUUUUAUCUUCAGAGGUCCAGUUUUGAGCUCACUGGAAAGAUUUCGUUUUUUGUUGCCAACAGGGCCAUGUGUCGUGGUCUUCUACUGCUGGAGCCUUUUUUAAGUGGUACAUUCGGACAUGACGUUCUGCACAACAGGGAUACACUUGGAUGUAAUUUGACGGGUUGUGGUCCUUCUGUUUGUUCGAGUUGUUUUCACCCACAGGAUUAUCUGUGUCUCUGCUCUUUGUGCCAUGGCGAUAAUUCCCACCCUCACCGUCCUCCUCUCUCUGCUCGUCUGUGGUGCGGGUGCAUCUCCUCUAGAAUCUCCGCCCCCUCCCAAAGGGUGUGGCUCAGGUGUCCAUCCAUCUUACCGGCUUCUGUGUGACCUCGAGUCUGUGUGGGGGGUUGUUUUAGAGGCCGUGGCAUGUGGUGGCGCCGUUUCGGCUCUUGUUCUUUUCGCCGUUCUCCUCUCGAAGCUGAAAAUGGUGACUGAGCCUGAGCGGCGUAGCGGUGUAGGCCCUCUCCUGCUGCUGCUGCUGAGUACGGUGGGUCUGUUCUGCCUGUCUCUGGCGUUCAUGGUGGGACGCGGCGAGACGGUGUGCAUGUUGCGCCGUGGGCUGUGGAGCUCACUCUUCGCUCUGUGUUUCUCGUGCCUGUUGGUCCAGGCACUGCGGUUACGGAAGCUCGCGACAGGGGAACGCAGCCCGUCAGGUGGCUCGCUCUCGGUGCUGGCGUUGGGAAUUGCGCUGGUGCAGGGAGUCAUCAGCGGAGAGUGGCUGUUGCUGACGGUGGCGCGCGAGGGCCACAGCGCCUGCCAUUACCCACCACUGGACUUUGCACUAGUGUGCGGCUACGCGUUGGCACUGCUCCUCACAUCGACAACGGUCUCGCUCACGGUCCUUCUGUGUGGCGCAAGGCAUGUAGAUGACGCAGCCAGGAAGAAGAGACGCCAAUGGAGCUGUAAUGGUGUCUGGCUUUUCCUCUCCUGUCUCGUCUCCCUGCUCAUUUGGGCUGCAUGGCUCGGGUUUUACCUCUACGGUAACACUCCUGGAAAGAGCGCCAUGACCAGUGAGACAGAUGGUGAAGAACCCGCUCUGGCCAUAGCCUUAGUAAUGGAGGGAUGGGCACUGCUGCUCUUCCAUGCCAUCCCAGAAGCCCACCUGUGUCUGCGACUGACCAGUCAGAGGGGCGAUGAAGGGUGCCAGGAUUACUACGACGCACGGCAACCGCAGUCUUCACAUGGUUACCGCGAUGAUGAUGAGCUGCCAGCCAAUCACAGAGCAGCAUACACGGAAAGACAGGCAUUUUCCGUAGAGGAGCACAGCGCAGGCAUGCAGGCCGGAGGUUACCACGCUACAGUAAUACGACCCACACCUCAAUUCCGAAGCCACGUGUACCAGCCCACAGAGAUGGCCCUGCUCAUGAACGGAGGAACGAUUCCCACGGCUCCCCCAAACUACACAGGAAGGCAUCUGUGGUGAAUCCCAUAAUCACCCGGAUGAGACACACUCUGUGUGAUGUCACAGGGUCAAAGGGCAUACAGUGUGGAGAGCGUAAACUAAUAGUUUUACUUAAGCUGUGCUUUCAUAUGAUAUUGUAAUAAUGUAAUAAUCUCUAUAAGUUAACCUGAACCUGAGCGAUGGAAUGCGUGUGGACUGCGCAGUGAUGUUGCACUGGAUGGUAACAAAUUACGGCUGCUUUCACACCAGGCGUUUUUCUUUCUUUCUUUCUUUCUUUCUUUCUUACUGAAGCGUCUCACGUGACACGUACACUGUAACUAGACCAACGCUCUUAUCAGUGCUCAUUAGUAGAAGCUCACUAGCCAGUAUUAUUAUUAUUAAUAUUAAAGAUUAGAUUUAUUUUUGGGGUACACUGUGUGUGUGUGGAGUUAGCACAUUCUCUUCGUGCUGCAGUACUCCGGUUUCCUCCCCCAGUCCAAAGACAUGCAUGGUAGGCUGACUGGCUUGUCCAAAGUGUCUGUAGUGUAUGAAUAUGUGUGUGAUUGUGCCCUGCAAUGGAUUGGCACCCCUUCUAGGGUGAACCCCACCUUGUUCCCCAUGCUCCCUGGGAUAGGCUCCAAGUUCCCCGCGACCCUGUAGGAUAAGCGGUAUAGAAAAUGGAUGGAUGGAUAGAUUUAUGAAACUUAAUUUUAAUUUUAAAACAUGUGAGUGGAAAGUUUCAAAUUCAAACGCUCCUGCUCCAAAUAAAUAGCCAGAAUAUCAUCGCACAACAAGAGUUUCCAAAACGUGAUCGUAAAUACGUUCAUGAGAGGAACUCACUAAAAUUCCUCUUAUGUCUUAUUCGUUCAUUUUCCAAAGGAAUAUUAUUGCUACGUAAAAUAUAUCUACAAAGAAGGAAUUUUUGGGUGCUGCUAUUUUGAAAUGUUACUGCGACCGAACCAGCCACAUUUACACAAGUGAAGUGUACGUGCUGAUGUCAUGUUUUGUUUUUUUUUGUUAGCGUAGGGGUUCAGCAAUAAAAAUGGACAAAUCUCUCUCGUCCAUCUACCUCCGCUAGUUUCUCAUCGAAAUCGAGUGACUCGGUGGGAAUUGAGAAAAACAAACACAAAAAACAUAGCUGCAAGCAGCAAUACCGGGUUCAAGCCAAUUAUCGGCACCAUGAGCGGCAAAAGAAGCUUUGUGACGUGGUUUUUGGUUAGAGUCCGAUCAGCAGUGUAUGAGUUAGAAAAAGUACACGUUCAUUCAAAAUAGCUACUUCUUAGAAAUUUUGUCCAGUAUGUGGCGCUGCUCUGAAACUGCUCAGGUAGCAUCUGGGCAUGAUAAUUACCUGGGUAUGAUAGUUAUCUGGGCAUGAUCGUUACCUGGGCCUGAUAAGAAAGCGUUCAAGAUUUAUAAGCCUAAAAGUAGUUUUUGCUAUCUCCUGACCAGUAGGGGGCUGUGUGCCAACACAUUGCACGUAACCUCAGGGCCUAAUGCUGAUGACACGUACCAAGUUCCUCACAGUCCCUCAAAGCGUUGCGGAGAUAUACCCUCGCAUCCAUUUUGGUGUGCGCUUCGGCGAAUUCGUUGAAGCGCCAUUCGAAAGCGGUACGGUGUAUCAAAAUUCCGUGAAUAACUUUUUGUCGUGAGUGUCUCUAGAUUAUGCCGGCCGAUUCCCGUGCAAGUCGGACAAACGGCCUUGGACGAGUUUGAAAAAAAAAGUAGGUUUUUCAGAAAAUUAAAAAUGGUGGAAAAGUUUUCAUGACGGAAAAUGGCGUCGUAGGGUGCAUUCGAAUCGUCUCGAGCCAAGGACUCAGAGGAAUCACGAAUUUCUAGUGCUCACGGUUUAAACGUCUUCAACAUAAACGUGAGAGCAAAUUUGGACAGUUGGUGGUGCUAGAGGGAUUGAGUUAGACACUCCAAAUUUGGCGUAGUAACAGUUCAGACUGUCCUCUAUCUGUGUACCAAAUUUCAUAAUGGCUACAAUAUGCGGUAACAAUUAUUGAGUCGUGAAGGUAAAUAAUGCGGAGAACUCAAUAAAUACUAAUUACAUAAUAAUUCAUUAUGCUUGUAAAUCUCCACUGAGGGAGUCUGUGGACAGAUUGAUACCUACUGAUUUACACCACUGUCUGCAGGCAUUAUUGGAAGCGGGUCCUCAGAAACCAGUAAAUAUCCCAGCAGUGGCAAUUUAUUAUCUCUAAUUGCAUUCCGACGUUAAAAUAUCUCUGGCGGAAGGCGUUGUAAAUCUCCUCAUACACGCUCCCUGACAAGGCGGAUUUAUUUCUCCCACCGCUAUCCUCCGUGUUCGUGUUUUCUCGCUUGCCCGCCGAGCUGCGAUCCGAUUGGUUCGUGAGAUUAAAAAGUGUGUGACGUCCCUCAGUGCUUUCCUGAAAAGAAUCUUUACAUUUCAUCCGGAAUAACGCCAGAGAAGCUCGUCUGAAAACUCUACACCAUACACAAACCCCACAACCGAGGUGACAGCAACAUUCGGAGAACGCGGAGCGUGCGAGUUUCCAAGUUUCCAUUUUCCGUGCAGGCGAAUCAAAUACGUAUAUUCAAUAUUCAUCUUUAGUACAUUGUGAAUAUUAACGCGUAGAAAUAUUUUACACACGCAGUACCGCACAAAAGUCUAAAUAGAAAAUCUCUUUUGUUAAAAUACGGAUUUUGUCUCAGAUGAUUCGUCUGCAAAUAAAAGAGCAAUUUUUUUAGAUCUACAAAUGUUUUUUUUGUUUGUUUGUUUGUUUUUGCCAGAACAAAAUGUAAUUCAGUUUUACAGAACAGCGUUUGUCACGUGUCAGUAAAGAAAGUAGUGUAUUAUGCACUAGAACACUUGUAGAGUCUCCAGAAGAACUGCGGCAGAUUCUCCAAGAUGCUGAGAAAAAACCUUCCCAGCUUUUAAAACUGCACAAAUGAUACAGACAAGGGCGUAACCAUGGUAUGGACAUGGGGGGGUCCACUUAGCUGUCCUUAGCCCAAAUGUAGUGUAAAGGAAGGAAAUGCUGUGCAAUUUCCUCACUUUCUCUCGCAUGUAUAACAGUCUGUCACAGCGGGAGGGUUCACACGACCUCGGCGGGAGGAUGUCUAAGUGAAGGUGACGUUAACGGUCAAAAACUGGACCUGGCGUUAGCCUAGCCUCCUUCGCGAGUGUGCAAAUAUCAACAGUUCAUUGACGUUGUUAAGAACAAACCAAGCCAUGGUAUGAUUCCUUCUACACUAAGCUAAAGUCACCUACUAUUUAGGGAUCUAGUUACUGACUGUCUGAAUAAAAGCUCGCAUGUUCUGCUGCACUUUUCUA